AUUUAUGUUUUUCUAGUUAAUCGAUCGAUUGGUCUUGUGUUUUGAAAUAUGGUUAUUAUGUAUCUAUAUCACACAAGUACUGCCAUUGUUGAAGUUAUUUGCUGGGCAGCAGGGUUGGGUCUGUUGGGAGCUUGGAGAGCCUUGAUUUUAAACGAAAUUAAUAGGUUAAUCAGGCGGAACUGUGCUCCAGAGAGUUUGCUGAGAGCUAAUCACAGAACACUUGGUAGAAAAUGGUGUUAAGAUGCUGGUAUAUUGGAGUAGGGAUAAUAUCUUAGUGGCCAUAAUCCUGUCAGUGAAGGAUUUAUGAUUUUGUUAAAGAUGGUAAUGAGUCUACCUUUUUUUGGUCAAUUGGAAAAUUAUGGUCAGGUGUUCAUUAACUCUUUUCCCUUAAACUUACGUCUUAAGGAAAUCUAAUAGAGAUUUCGCUGUGUCAAUUUGGUGCUAUGGUCAAUAGUUUGUCUAGGUAGUAAAUUGGAUUUUUCCAUGAAUAUAUCUUCGUGGAAUUAGCUAUGCUGUCAAGCAAUUGUUGAAUAUCUUAUAAAACAGGUAGACAGAUGAAGAGGUGUGAUAGCUAUCUAGUUUGUGCUGGUAGCAUACUUUCUUUGCUAUAUGCUUCAAAAUUUGCAGGGCGGAUUUAACUAUGUGACUCCUUCCAGUUACAAAUUUAGAAGAAGAGAAAGAAGAAAAACCAUCCAACAGUGGCAGUUAUCAUGCUAUUGCCUUCUCUUAUGGAAAUAAUGAUGAUUCGGCUGAUCAAAAGAAUACAGAUAUUGAGAUGGAAGCCAAAGGGUAUCUCCCUCCGUUCUUUGUUCCUGGGGACAUUGUCUUGAUUUUCAGAUGCUUGGAGCAGGGAUGCAAUUCUUGUGCUCUAAGGUUGCUGUACACAGGCACCUUCUGUCCCUUUGAUGUCAUGGCAAAGGGAUGUGCAGCCUCCGUCGGAGAAAGUACAUCAGAUAAUUGCAAGAACUGCCAUUUUUGUCAGCAAACAUGGUGGCCAGUCAGAAAUCAUUCUGCGGGUGAAACAAGGGGACAACCCAACAUUUGGAUUUCUUAUGCCUGAUAAUCAUCUUCAUACUUACUUCAGAUAUCUUGUUGAGCACCCUGAACUUUUGCAUCCUGAAAUUGAUGAAAAAUCUCAAGAUGGGAGGAAAAUGGGUACUGAGCACAACAAUUCUGGUAAUAUUGGGGGUGCUUUAUCUUUGCUCGGUUCUGUAUAUGGGUCUGGGGAGGAUGAGGACACUGAUGAUGGUGUUAAUGCUUCUCUAUCUCAUGCCACAAAAAAUCUGGAAUCUGUGGAAAUUGCUGCUAAGGAUGAGUCAGGGAAAUCAAUUCUUUCUAAAAAGGAUAAGGUUCCUGCAUUGAAGAAGAACACUUCAAUCAUAGGUUCCAAACGUAAAAGUGUAAAAGGGAGUAAGAAGGAAGAUAAUUCUGGUGCUAAAGAAGAGAAGUUAAGGAAUCAUGGUAUUGGAGCCACUUCAAAACCAAUUGUAGAGCCUCCUCCUGAAUUAAAAAGAAUGGUUGAUAAGCUUGUUGAAUUUAUUACGAGAAACGGGAGACAAUUUGAGGCAACACUACUUGAGCAAGAUAGUAAGCUCGAGCGAUUUCCUUUCCUUCUUUCAUCCAAUCAGUAUCAUUCCUACUACUUAAAAGCUCUUGAGGCAGCUCAGGAGUCAAAAGUAAAUGGCAAGAGCUUCUAUCCGGGACAGGAGGAUCUAGGUGGACGUGGGAUUAGCAGAAAAGGUUCUUUGCCCAAAGAAACGGGUAUUUCACACUCCACUUCUGAACUUUGUGAUGUGCCAUUUGAAUCUGAUAGGAAAGAGAAGUUCAAGAUGGUGAUUGGAAAAUCAAAGAAAGAUGCACAAGAGGCAGAAAAAGAAUCCCAAGAAUGUGGAUUCACUGUAGAUGCAGCUGCAGCUGCUGCUAUCCUUCAGGCUGCCACAAAAGGAAUUAAGAGCUCUGGUUUGCGAUACAUCACUAACACUGCCUCCAAUUCUCAUAUCAAUGCUGUUAGAAAUGAGGAUGGGCAGCCUGCAAAUUCAGGCAAUCUUCAGUCCUUGCUGCCGUACAGUACUGGUGAAAAGUCUGAGCAAAGUGGAAGUUGCAAUCCCUCAGCUUCUCAUGAAGUUGCAGGAGGGGAUGAUUAUUCUAACUCAAACCUGACAGAAGAGCAGAAGCUGAAAGCCACGAGGCUCAAAAGGGCUAAAAUGUUUGUGGCUAUGUUGAAAAGUGGAGCACUCCCCUCUAGAACAGGAGCAUCAAGGGGAUCAUCUGCAGAACCUGUAGAACAUGGAGUGUGGAUAUCUGCUGCUGAGGGUCGUUAUGCUAGCCAAGAAAGAGAGGGCAGCGCUCCUGCAGUAGUUUACAAGUCUGCUGUCGAGUGUAGUUUCAGUGAGAGGCAAAGCGAUCAACAAUCAAAAAGAAAGUAUCGCUCAGAAUCCGUUGGAAGAAAGGAUGAUGAAGAGGAUAGUGACCAAGAGGGUCACUUGUUCAGGAAGCGCAGAACAUCCAGAAGAUCCGAGGAUGAUGAAAAUGAAAAUGCGGUGGAAAAGGAGCACAGGUACAACCAAGAAAAGGGAAGGCACCAGUCUCAUUCAACCGAAGAUAAUAAGAAAGGAGAAAGUUGUGAAGAGUACAAGGAUGCUAAAUCACUGCGUUCAUCCCAUCAUUCACAAGGAGAUGACAAUGAGUCUGAAGGCAUGUGUAAAGAGGAUAGAGAAGCUAAGGACAAUGGUCGUCACCCCGACAGAAAAUACAGAUCAAGAAGCCAAAGGGAAGAUGAAGAAGUUGGAAAUGCAGUAGAGAAGGAUCGAAAGCACCGUAGGAGUAAGCGCAGGUCUCACUCUUCUUCAGAGGAAAGCGACAAUGGAGGGGAAAGUGAUGGACAAGAUGCCGAGCAUAAGCACUAUGGAUCAAAACACACCUCUCGGCAUUCACAGCAUGAUGAUAAUGUGCGUGAAGGUGCAUAUAAAGAGGAAAGAGAUAAGGAACACAAAAGGAGUCACGGAUCAAGAUCUAGAAGGCACGAGAGCAAAAAUGCAGUAGAAAAGGAGGAUAAGAAGUACAGAAGAAAGCACUCGUCUCAUCUCUCUUACGAAGAAAAUGGAGGAGAAAGUAGUGGAGAUGAAAAGGAGAAUCAUCGCUCCAAGUCUUCUCAUUCAAAGCACAAGAAUGAUGGCCGUGAAGACAUAUAUAGAGAAGAAAAGGAUCGUAAACGAUCCAGGAAGAGUAGCCAUUCUCACCAUUCUUCUAGUGAAAGCCCCAGCCGACAUUCAUCUGAGCGGCACAAGAAGCACCGUUCUAGCCGCACUUCACAUCAUAGCGAGGACAAGCACAGGCACAGGCACCGGAAAGACAGAGAAUCUCAUCAUCGCCACAAGCAUGAUGGCUCUUCAGAUGAUGAACAUCAGCACCGUGCUAGCUCAUGCCACCCCGAAAAAGAAUCUCUUGACCUGGAGGAGGGAGAGAUCAGCUCGAAGGAUGAGUCGAAGGGGAUUGUCAGUGGUGAUGGCAAAAGAGAAGUGUCUGUCGACGUAGCGAGUUCCGAACAGAGGGCUCCAUCUCUACCCUCAGAAACUACGGAAGUCCCUGCUGAUCUAAGGGCCAAAAUUCGUGCAAUGUUGAUGGCGACGAGGUCAUAGCUGUAGAAACUAUUUGGUGGAAAGUGUAGUUGAUUGUAAUCACGUAACUGUGUCAUAUGGUGUGUUGUGUUGGAUUCUAUUUUAAAAGGUUUCUUAAUCA